AUAGCAAGAGCCUUCACUAAACUCAGCCCCUCUUCUCUCUCUCACUCACUCAGGUAUCUUCUUCUUCUUCCUUUAAUCUCCAUUAAUCCAGAGUUUUUCACUAAAGAUCUCGUGAAAAUCCAAUGGACAAAGAAGAAGAUCCAUGUGAAGUAAAAGAAGCUUCUUUAGAGCCUAAAACUUCAAUCGCUGAUGCCCCCGAUUCGAUUCCGUCUUUUGAUUCUUCCGAAUCUUCUCUAUCGGAAGAGGAAACGAUGAUAAAGAGUGACAGAAAAAUCGUCACUUUGUCUCCACUGUGUAACCAAUACAACGAUAAGAUGUCGAUUAUUGACUCUAAUCUUUUCGAUUGUGUUUUGGUGUCCGAUGAAGAAAUCAUCGAGUCUAUCUAUCAGAAUCUCCUGAGAAUCAUUGUCUCACUGCAAAUACAAGGCAAUGGUGAGAUUUGGUGUUUUGAUGGUUGCAAGACACCUCCUUCUCGGCUUAACGACGCUAAAAUGGUUCCUGAUACUUGUCCUGGAGCUCCAAUGAAGCUCACCAAGAUAUCUAGGAACAUCGAUUCUGGAUUGAGAAGAAAGCUCUUCUGACUUGUGAUCUGAGAUCAAUUCCAAACUCUGACAUGAGUUGUUGUUGUUGUUGUUGUGAUGAAUAUUGUAGGGAUUGAUUUGACUUUGUCUGUACAGUCUUCUUAGGCUUUAUCAGGAUUCCUAGCUAAGCUAGUUGUUAUUAGGAGACAUUUGGUUUCUUCCUUUCCUUUCUGUAAUUUGUGUUUAUGUCUCCUGAAACUUAUGAACAGUGGAGAUUCUUGAAUAAAGUUUAAAUCUUUCCCCUUUCGAUUAAA